ACGGGCACCAGCAAGCAGCAGCCAAGCGGCGACUUGUUUCCGGGUUGCGUCACGCCUCAUCCCCCCACCCCCUCCCUUGCCGGCGAGCCACCCUCCUCCUCUAUGCCCCAGCCAGCGCGCACGCCACAGCCGACGCCGUGCUAAGCUUCGGCGCGGAGGCCUCGUGUCCGUGGAUCGUGAUGGAGGCGGCGACAGGAGAGGCGAUCCCGCCGCGACACCCGGCUUCGGCGGCGGCGGAGCAGGAGCGCCCCGCCCCGCCGUAUCUCCCCAGGCUCGUCGCCGGCGUUCUCUCCGGUGUGCUCACCGGCCUCUUCGCGGUCGCUGGAGGCCUGACGGGGGCAGUCACCGGCGCGUUGGCUGGGAGAGCUUCGGACAGCGGCGUUCUCCGGGGAGCCGGACUGGGGGCAUUUGCUGGCGCUGUCCUGUCCAUUGAGGUCCUGGAGGCUUCCCGCGCCUAUUGGUGCGCCGACAGGUCAACACCGCAGAGUACAUCAUCCAUGGUCCGUACCGGGGAUUUCGUGGAUCAGCUCCUUCAUGCUCGGUUCGUGGGAGAGCAGUAUGAGCCAUCAGUGUAUAUGUCAUAUCGUUGGCAGGUUGGUAUUGCAGAGUUUGGCAAUGAUGAUCCGUAUGAUAUCACUGGAGAAGUUUCAUCCGAUGGGCUCUCACAGGAUAACUUGAAGAAGUUGCCAUACCAUGUGGUGAUUGAUCAGAAACAAGAGCCAGCUGGUGAAAACUUGUCUUGCCCUAUUUGCCUACAGGAUAUCAUGACGGGAGAGAUGGCGAGGAGGCUGCCGAAGUGUUGUCACACCUUCCAUCAGCCCUGUGUGGACAAAUGGCUCAUUGGCCAUGGUUCGUGCCCUGUUUGUAGGCAAGAUGUGUAAUAUAUGAUGUCUUGUUUGUGCUAUCUUCUUAGAAUGUAGGUAACACAGCUGUGUAAAAUGCUUGUUCUCAUGGUACAUAGAAAGGUAAAUAGCAGUGUAAAUCAAGCUAUGCAUGUGUUUCUACACUGAAAAUAAAACGGCUAUGUACAUAAGAUAUUCCGAGGAUCAUUCUUUUUCCACUCAAUUGAGAUGUGUAAGUAACCUAAAUU